CACUGAGCCGUCAGCAAACUCACGGACGGAAGUGAAAGUAAAAAGUGAAGUAUUUCCUGGUGUCGUGGUGAGAUAGAUCGUGGUGUCAGUGGAGGUGCUUUCCUCCUCCCCGGGUCCGAGAAAUGUCCUCUCUACAGUUUAAUGUCGUUUUACUGGAGAUUUCGAACCAGCUGUCCGCCGCUCAGCUGGAACAGUUGAAGUUUUUGUGUAAUAAGGACAUCGGGAAACGAGAUUUGGAGAAGGUCGACAGCGGACUCAAACUGUUUCAGUUUCUGGUGGAGAGACGCAAACUAGGAGAGGACAACACGGAGUGUGUGGGCCAGCUUCUCCGGACGGUCCAGAGACCAGAUCUGGCAGAGAGACUCGAAACCUUCAGCUGUCAGCCCGAAAACACCGACAACUUACCGCCUGAGCUGGAGAGAGGUACGGUAGGAGUUUAGACAGCGUGUAGCUGUGUGUGACCAGAGGGGGCGCUGCUCAUAGUCUUCCCCUAGCGUAAAUGAACGGUUCAUACAGCAGGACAAUGUCUGUCUGUCUGUCCGUCUGUCUGUCUGUCUGUGUACAUGAGAAUGACCGAACAAAUCUGCAUUUAUAUCUCCGCUCUGCGCAUAAACUGGUCAAAUAAAUUAAAGUGAAACUGACCAAAGAAAACUGAAUAAAACAUCAGGCUCAGGGCUGAAAAAGUACAAAAAUAUCACACUCAAGUAAAAGUUACUUUGAUGGAAGUUCAAUUGAGAAGAAAUAAAAGCAGCUGUCUAUUAAUUUAAUUCAGUGAACGUUCAAAUUAACUUAACCUCACAUGUAGCAGCUGACUGAGGCCUAGUAGGUGUCCACUGUGAACUUGUAGAUGAAGAUGUAACAUUCAUGUGAAUUUACUGACUGUAUCAUGGUUGAUAAAUCAGUCAAGUCUCAGACCUGUUCCGAGUUAGUAUAAAGUUAUGAGUUUAAGCUGCUGAACAUAUCUGAACAUGUUUGCACCGGGAACACCCAAACAGAGAAUGAAUCCCUUGAGCGCUUACUAAAUCAAUAUGUCAUCAUCUGGUAUAUUUCCAUACUGGAGAGGUGUUGUUAACUGGAGAUUCAACAUGUUACAUUAUGAAAUACAUGUGAAAAUGAAGCAUGUAAGUUUAUAGUGACAAAUACUGACUGGCUGCUCCAUAUUUAAUUUCAGUAUGUCGACAUUUCUUUGGUAAAACACACUGAAAACUGAAGCAAUCCUACACAUACUUAGAUUUUGUGACAAAUGUCUGAGUGAAAAGGCCAUCUGUUCAUAUGAAUGACCGGAAUAACUAAAGCGGACCUGAAUGUGUCUUUGUUUUUUGAGUUGAAUAGAUUAUAAAGUAAUUCAGACAUGUUAAGUCCUGAGGAGGUCACUCCCUCACAGUUUAAUCACCCUUUUAAACUCCUAACUUUUAAAGAGCCAGCGCAUAGACUGGUUGGAUCUUCUGCAAAUAUCAGUCAGUGUGUAAAUCUAACUGAACAAUGUUACUGAAACUCAUUUUUCAAUAAUUCUGAUAGGACUCCUGACUAUCAGGCCUUUUUGGUGUGUCCUGUAUUAGAUGGCAAAUGUCACUCUUGUCUUUAGAGAGUUUUGUAAAAGUUGGGUUUUUCACUUUUGUUUUUGUGUUUCCUCUAUAUUUUCCUCUAAAUCCAAUUUUCCCUCUCCUUCAAGCCAAACUUGACAUUGCCACAGAGGUGCUCGCAGAGAACCUGGGACGGAAUUGGCGUAAACUGGGCCGCAAACUGGAUCUGAGUGACACUAAGCUGGACUCCAUCUCCAGGAGACAUCCCACAGAGCUGGAGGAGACGACUGUGGAGCUGAUGAAGGAGUGGAGGAAGAGUCGAGGAGCCGAGGCCCGCACAGAGGAUCUGAUAUCAGCUCUGAGAGCCUGCAGGUUAAACCUGACUGCUGAUAAAAUUGAGGACAAACUUCAAAUAUGAUUUAAGGUUCUCUGUUUCAGCAAAGCUCUCCUGAUGCUGAAAUGAUGUUAAAUUAAUGUCAUGGAGGUGAAUGAAUGGCCUUCUUGAUUGUAAACCUGCACAUGUAUGAAAGAGUGAAUGUGUUUUAAAAGGCCGAGCUGAGUCCGUUUCAGUGUGAAUGAAGUUUCACUCCAUCGCCAGUGAGUGCUGCUUAUGUUUCAUGUUUUUGUUUUAGGAGAGAAAGACAGAAAUGAACUAUGUGAAUUCAUAAUUACUGAUAUUGAGAUGAAUUUGUUGAACCCUUACCUGUAUGGAUGAUGUUUUUUAUUAUAUUGAACGAUAGAUUGUAUAAUUUUGAGGGGGAACGUUGGUACAGAGUCCAUCUGAUGCUGACUCUGUGAUUAAAAGGGCUUUAUUUCUGUGUACAACACACAACUGAGAAGUCCUGAGCUUCCAUUCAGUCAGUAGAUGAAUUCAGACAGAUUAUCUCCCAGUGAUUAAUUUCAAGUAGCUCACUAAUUUCUGUGACAGUUGAUGGAUAAGAUGAUCCUUUCUCCUGUGGUUUUUAGAUCAUCCAUAGUAAAACCUUCAGAUAGUUUGUUUAUUCUAAUUUAAACAGAAAGUGUCAGUAACUGAGUUUUAGGUUGUUGAGCAGAUAUUGGCUGGACUAGGCUAACUAAAUAGGCUGCCAGUAUUGAAGACUGUUUUUUACUUUAUAGUGACCAUGUCUUGCAUCUUUCUGCCAGUAGAUCAGAAACCAUGGGUUUUAUUUUGGAUUAUAUAUUAAGAUGAUGUUUAAUGAAAUUAAACUAGCAACAGGGGGAUUUUAAAUGUCUUCUUGAAGGAUCUGUCACCCAUAUUUACAUCUAAAUAAAAAUAAAAAUAGAAUUUAUUUGUUGAUAAAAAUAAAGUGUCUUUUGAACACAUUCAGGGUCUGACAGGUGUCUGUGAAGUUCUUCUUUUCAUGAAUGAGUCAGGCAACUUUUGAAGUCUGCAGGUUUAUUUUGGAGUAUGACCUGAACUCUUGUACACCUCUUUCUCUCUGCCAGCAUGCACUGGUGUCAUCACACCAGCAGGUCAAAGGUCGUGCUGUUUCUGCAAAGAGAAGCAUGUCAGUGAGUCAUUUUUGCUCUUUGUAAAGGCAGUGUCAAGGUAGUAUUGUAAAAAUGCCUUUUGGAGUCCAUCCUGUUCAAUCACUAAUAAUAACUGAGCUGAACAAAAUAACUGGGCGUCUGCCUGUGUGAGAAAUAAGUGCCAGCUCAUCUCAGCAUACAGUACUUACAGCACUUGUACAGCCUGUUCAGCCUGUCAAUGUCAUUCCUGCUCAUCUGGGUGGCCUGACCAAAGGACACAUUACUGUUGGGAAUGGGCAGCAUAGUGGGGCGGUUGUUCUUGGAGAAGGC